AUGUCAAAGCCUCAAGCCGACUCAGUGACUGAAGACAUUAUGCUGGCGUUCUAUCGACGCCUUUACCCAUUCAAAUCGCUCUUCGCCUGGCUCAAUCACGAGCACGCGCCGACGAAGAUGUUCACAAACCGCGAGUUCGCGUUCACCCUCCAUAACGAGGCAUAUCUCAGGUAUCAGUCGUUUGCGAACGCGGAGGAGAUGAAGAAGCAGGUGUGCGCGCAAGUCCCGGCGCGAUUCGAGAUUGGCCCAGUGUAUAGCGCAAGGCCGCGCGACAAGAAGACGGUCCGCCCGGCCCUCUUCUUCCCCCAGCUCCGCGAGCUCGUCGUCGACAUCGAUAUGACCGACUACGACUCCAUCCGGACGUGCUGCAAGGGCGCGGACAUCUGCCGACGUUGCUGGGGCUUCAUCGCCGCCGCGGUGCGCGUGCUCGACAGCGGCAUCCGCGACCAGUUCGGGUACAAACAUCUGCUGUGGGUGUACUCCGGUCGGCGCGGCAUCCAUCUGUGGAUCAGUGAUCGGGAGGCGAUGGAGCUCACGGACGACCAACGGAAGGCGCUGGUCGGGUGGAUGACGGUCAUUGCGGGCGGAGACAUGAUGAGCAAGAAGGUGAACGUGCGCCCGCCGGGGAAGCCGCUACCACAAUCGAUCGCGCAAGCUUGCAAGGUUCUCACACCGGUGUUCGAAGAGUUGAUUCUCAGGGAUCAGAAAGUAUUCGACUCGGAGAAGGGCUGGAAAGACCUCCUGACUUUGCUACCUUCAGAGGUUGCGGCGGAGCUUGAGAUGGUAUGGCAGAAGUCGCCCUCAGAUGGUCCGGACGAGGCGGACGAAGAACCACGAUCCUCGGAAGACAAAUGGCAAGAUGUCAAGGACAGUGCGGCGCCCGCGCGGGCAAAGAAGUACAACGCCAAGGGAAUGGCGGGCAUCAUGACAGCAGCGAUGGAGGACAUCGUGCUGCAAUACACGUAUCCUCGACUCGACGCUGAGGUCUCAAAACAUCGGAACCACUUGCUAAAGGCGCCGUUUUGUAUACACCCGAAGACAGGACGCGUUUGCGUGCCGGUCGACCCGCGGAAAGUGGACAGAUUCAGGCUAGAAGACGUACCGACCGUGCAUCAACUUCUACGCGAGCUCGACCAGAACGUUGUUCCUCAAGCGAGCGAAGCUUCCAGCGGAGAACACCACUCGGAUUGGGAGAGAACGUCGCUCAAGAAGUAUGUGGACAUGCUCGACCAGCAUGUGCUGGGUCUCAUGGAGGAGACAAGAAAAGUGAAACAGCAGAUGGAUAUGUCGUGGUGA